UGAGACGGCCCUGGACGUUUGCACGAAGAGCCGUCGCGGAGGAGGUGGAAGAGGGGAACGCUGCCGACGUACAGAGGCGGAGGCGGAGGUUGAGGUGGAGGAGGGAAACUUCUUCGAUCGCGGCGAGCAAGCCCGGCCGAUCGAGAUCAGGAGCGAUUGGGAGGCACGGAUUGUGUUGGAGAAGCGACUUCAAGAGCUGCGAUCGUAGUACCGUCAGAGCAUCGAUGAAAAAGAAAUCGUGAUAAAUCACAGCUUUUGCUUUUGUUUCUUGAAUUUGAAGAUCUUUCUACUGAAAGUUACAAAAGAAGAUAAUGUGCUUUUGCGUGAAGACCUAAAAGUUCAUCCAAAAUCUCUUGGGGGAUUGCAUGGUGGUACCUUCCUAUUUACAAGCUUAAAGAGAAUUGACUUUGAGCAAUUUCCCCAUUUUGAAUAAAUUCCAGGUUGAUGUUAUUGAUGUUUCACCUUUGUAGCCAAUGAUUGGGUUCAGUUCAGUUAACCACAAUGGCAAGGCAGGAAAGGAUUUCAGAACUGAGCUAGUUCCAUGUGCAGUCAGAGUGAGAAAGGUUCUGAUGGGCUUCUUGUCACCCUGCAAAAGACGACGUCAAGGGAUCGAAUAGUUAAUGCACCAUAUGUAAGCAUUCCUCAUAAUGGAGGUUGUCUUCGAUCCGAAGGGCUUCCACGCAAUGCUCGUUAGAGGGAGGCUAUCGUGCCCCGAUCAUCCAGACAAAAGCAAUGAAUCUCUUUAUCCUGAUUCAUAUAAAUUAAAUGAUUGAUCAAGAGCAUGGCCAAGUUGUUCAUCCCCUUGCCUCGUAUCGAGUCCCUUAGCUUCAAUCUCACUUCACACAAGCAACUGCUGAGCUCACUUCCAGAGAAUUUGGACCAUGUACCAGACAAACCCUACCUUCUUAUGGUUUCUGCCCGAGUGCAAUGGACCUUCUGUGUAUGCCAACGACAAAGCUUCCAAUUGCAAAAUGGCGCGGCAGUGGUGCGCGCAACUAUUGCAUUCGAUGUGCAGGGGUCAUAAGGCCGACUGGUGUUCCGGCACCGAUGGGCCAGAAGACACAAUACAACGAUGGGCUGUUUGAGAAACUGUUCAUGUCGUUGUUUGCUCGGAAGAUGGAGAAAUUUGCAUCCGGUGGAGCAGAGAAGAAACAACGUGCAUUCUGGGAUAUGGAUUAUGAGAGUUUUGUAGAUGUUUCCAAGAGGGUGAUGACGGGGAGGUCGAGGAAGCAGCAGCUGGAGGUUGUUAGGGAGGUUCUUCUAUCCAUGCUCCCUCCUGGUGCUCCAGCACAGUUCAGGAAACUGUUUCCUCCAACGAGAUGGGCAGCAGAGUUCAAUGCUGCUUUAACAUUGCCUUUCUUUUACUGGUUAGUUGGACCAUCUGAGGUCAUUGAAGUGGAAGUCAAUGGAGUGAAACAAAGAAGUGGAGUGCUUAUUAAAAAGUGCAGGUACUUGGAGAACAGUGGAUGUGUCGGGAUGUGUGUCAACAUGUGCAAGUUGCCUACUCAAGACUUCUUCACCAAUGACUUUGGACUCCCCUUGACAAUGAACCCAAAUUUUGAGGAUAUGAGCUGCGAAAUGGUGUACGGUCAAGUGCCGCCGCCUAUCGAAGAAGAUGCUGCUUCAAAGCAGCCUUGCUAUGCCGAUAUCUGUUCCAUGGCCAGCUUCAGCUCACCCUCUUGCCCAAAACUUCAAUAACAACAGCACUUGAGAACGAUGCCAGCCAUUUCAGCAAACAACACUAUACACUAGCUUUAAAGUCAACACUAUUCCAAAUGCUUAAACCAAAUUUUAUAUGUAUGAAUUUCAUAUUAAUUUUUUUAUAUAGUACAUGAUUUAAGGAAA